CAAGCAGCCAUCCGUUUUCCCCAUUCCAUCGCCGCCGCCGCCGCCGCAGCAUCCUCGCGCCUCCGUCCGCGCCCGCCGAAUCUCCCCGGCCUCUCCGCCGCCACGCCAUGCUCCGCCUCCGGUGCUCCAUCCUCACCCACCUCCUCUCUUUCCGGGCCACCUCUCCCGUAUCCCCUCUCCACCGCCUCCUCUCCGCGGCCGUCUCCCCCGACCCUGUCUCCGCCUUCGCCGUCGACGACUACCUCGUCCGUACCUGCGGCCUCACCCCAGCACAGGCCCUCAAGGCCUCCCCCAAACUCUCCCACCUCAAAUCCCCCGCCAACCCCGACGCCGUGCUCGCCUUCCUCGCCGGCCUCGGCCUCUCCGGCGCCGACGUCGCCGCCGCCGUAGCCAGGGACCCGCAUCUGCUCUGCGCCCAAGUGGAGAAGACCCUGGCCCCCGUCGUCGCCGGGCUCACCGGCCUCGGUCUCUCGCCUUCUGAGAUCGCACACCUCGUCUCGCUUGGCCCCCACAGAUUCCGUCGCAGAUCCAUCGUCUCCAAGCUUGAGUACUGCCUGACCCUCUUCGGCUCCUCCGACAACCUCUUUAGAGCCCUCAAGAGUGGCUCCGUUCUCUCCUCCGACCUCGAGGGGGUGGUCAAGCCCAAUGUCACCUUCCUGCAGGAGUGCGGGCUAGGUGCUUGUGACAUUGCCAAGCUCUACGUACUUAUGCCAUCGUCGCUCAGCAUCAGCACGGAACACAUCCGGACAGCAGUGGCGUGCGUCGAAGGUCUUGGUGUACCCCGUGGAUCUCGGAUGUUCAAGCACGCGCUACGAGCUGUUGCAUUCCUCAGCGAGGAGGAAAUCACCACCAAGAUAGAGCACUUGAAGAAAACGUUCAGGUGGUCAGAUGCCGAGGUGGGCAUUGCUGUUUCUAAGGCUCCAGGAGUGCUGUCGAAGUCUAAAGAAUCGCUGGAGCGAAGGUUCGAGUUCCUCAUCUCCGAGGUGGGGUUGGAACCGGCAUACAUUGCUUAUCGUCCAGCAAUGCUCAUGUACAGCUUGGAGGGCAGGAUGAGACCUCGAUACUACGCUGUAAAGUUUCUUAAGGAAAAUGGAUUGAUAGAUCAUGACCGGGACUUCUUUAAUACAGUCAUGGUCAGUGAGAAGGUAUUCGUCGAGAAGUUCAUAUGCCCUCAUAAGGAUGCUGCACCUCACCUCGCUGAUGACUAUGGAGCAGCUUGCAGAGGAGAGGUUCCAGCUAGAUUCAGUUUCACAUGAACCAAGACUAAUAAGGAAAUUGGAAACGUGACAAAACGUGGGAGCUAUGUCUUUGCUGUAUUAUACUUGAUUCUGAAGGCCCUGUUUGGUGAUGAUGCCUUGCCGCUUCAUUGACAAGAAUGGACUGACGGUGGCACAAGUUCUAUUCAGGGAAGCUUCUACUUCUCUUUUUUGAAUUUUGCAAGUUAAGUAAUCCUUCUAGUAUUGUACUAGUCCCUCCGUCCGAAAACACUUAUCAAAAUGAAUAAAAAGGGAUGUAUCUAGAACUAAUAUACAUCUAGAUACAUCCCCUUCUAUUCAUUUUGAUUACAAGUAUUUCCGGACGGAGGGAGUACUAUUGAUGUGAAUAAACUAGCAUCUGGUACAUUAAUCAUUUUUUUCAUUUUGUUGGAUCUUCACUUGGGUACAAGCAGUUUUAGAGUCACACAUGCAUGUAAACAGUACGCAUUAUGCAAUUUUUGUACUCUGAGCUCUGAAUUUGAAUCAGAUCUGAAUGUUAACUCUGAA